UAUUAAUUGAGACCUUCAUUAAAAUUUGAUUCAUGAAUUUACUUAAUUAAGUAUAUAUGCAAUGAAAAGUAAAUAGGCUUCAGUAAAAAUUUAUUUAUGAUAUUAAAACAAAAUUUACUGAUCAUGUGUGAAAAUGAAUGGUCUGAUAUUAAACAACGAUUUGAAAAAGAAGGAAUAGAUUUCAAUAGAUUAAAAGCUGAUGAAAAACUAAUUCAUGUUUGGAGAUGGUUAGUUGAUGCUGAUAUUAAUUUGCAAAAUGCUAGAAAAAUGAUUGAUAAGCUUCAUCAAAAACACAUUGAAGAAUUAGAAGAUAUGGAAAAUUAUAUGGUACAUGUGAGAGUAAUUGCCGAUAAGCGUAUAGAUGAUAUGGAAAAAACAACAUCUGUGUUAGCAGAACAAGUUGCCAGGCUAGAAUGUGAUUUAAAUCAGUUAGAAUCAUUAAAUGGUGAUAAUGUUUAUGAUAAAGUUUCAAACUUAAUUCUUAAUUUUAAAAAUAUUACAAAUGAACUUAAUUUACUUAAGAAGUUUAGAGUGUUUGAAGAGGAUGGAAAAUCAAUUGAUAAAAAUGAAAUGAUAUUAAUGGAAAUGAUUAAAUUUUCAGCUGAAAAUGAGUCUUUAAAACAACAAUUGAAAGAGCUUGAAAAUCAAUUAAUUUGUUAUGAUGGUUGCACUAUUUAUAAAAUUGAAGAUAAUUCACAUGAUACAUCUAAAGAGUUGUCAAAUGUUUUAAAUAAACAAGAAAGGAAUGAUUCUUUAUUAGACAAUUCAAUUUCAUGGAACAAGAACUUAACAAAUAAUGAUACAUCAAGUAUAAGUAUUCAAUUAUUUAGUGAUAAGACAAAAACACUAAAUAAUUUUGAAAAUUAUCCAUUUCAUAAAUCUCAAGAUAUUAAUACUUCCCAAAAUUAUUGUAUUAAAGAGAAGGCCAAAAUUAUUGGACCUGAAUCUACUCCUCCAAGUCUGCUGUCCAGUGAUAAAACUACUCCACAAAAACUAUCAUCAUUAUAUUUAGAUGAAAUAUCUUUGAACAAAUUAGAAAAUUUAAGACAAAUUCAAGCAGAUUAUGAAGCACAAAAAUCAAUAGCGUCUUCCCUUGGUGAAAAGUACAAUAAUCUUGCAAUUAAACAUUUACAUUAUAAAUCAAAAAGAAAAAUGCAAAUUGAAGCAUUGAGUCAAAUGACUAAUACAGAAUUGAAUUUUGAAAAAAAAAUAUUAUUGCGAGUCUUUAUAAAUGAUAAAGUUUUUUAUAUAACUGGAGGAAAUUUAGAAGCUAGUCAUUGUCAUAUGAGAUCUCUUAAAACACAAAUUAAUAUACAAAAACAUAGAUUAAAGACUGAAGAAGAAUUCCGCAAACAAGUAGAAACAAAUUUUAGAAUUUUGCAAAAUGAAAAGCGUAAUAUUGAUAAUCAAUUUGCAAUAGCUGAAAAUGAAUUGAGAAACAUGGCUAGACAUCUUGGUGUAUUACAAAAAAAAGUAGUCAUGUUAGAAAGUGCAAAUGCUGAAUUAAUGUCUAAGUAUCUACACUUGGUGUAUAGAGAACAUCAUCUCACCAAAAGUACCACUAGUGAUUGCAUCGUUAUGAAUGUAUCUGAUAGUAAAUAAUUUCCAUUGAAAAUGUUUCUUAUUAUAUGAUUUAAAUUAACUAUAAAAAUAGUAUUUAAAAAAAAAAAAAUAUUAUUUAUUAAUUAAUAUUCACUUUGAAUAAAUCUUACUAUUCCAUUGUUUUGUAUCUUUAACUUAUAUAACAAUAUAACAUCUUAUGUUAAAUAUACUAAAUAUAUCUUUAAUGAAAGAUACUAAAAAUUUAUAAGUUUUAUUAUAUUUUUUUUGUGCUAAAUUAUACACAGGAACAUUUAUUUAUAUCAAAAAAUAGUCUUCAUUUUUACUAAUAUAAAUAUAUUUAUAUAUUUCAAACAUUAAGUUUAUUGUUGUCUGAAGUUGCUUCUGCUACACUGUAAACUCCUUUCAGUAAUUUACCAACAUUUUUCUGUGUUGAAUCUUUUGGAGAAAGAUAUGGUCCACGUUCACCAGCGUAAAUGUAACUGUUUUUGUUAAAUUAUUUUACUUAAUUUCUCAAAAAAAUAAAUAAAUAAA